GAAUUUAUGCCUACUUUGGUGUUAUUUGGAGACAAACUACAACUUCAUGGUGUAAACGAAAUACAACUUUCAUGUUCGAUUUAGAUUGAUGAAUAUCAAUCGAAAUCUCGACAUCUUUUCUCUGCUCUUUAUCAAACCGAGGCCAUCUCUCUAGAUGAAUACUGAAUACCAUACAAGUGUUCCAAGCGCGCGUGUUUUCCCGCGCCAUCUUGAAAAGUAAAAUGCUGUAGCUUGUUGAAAGAUAUUAUUCUAAAGAAAACAUGAUUUGCUGCAAAGAACUUUGGUCCAUCAUCUCUGGGCGAUCUUCUCUUUUGCUUCCUGAAGAAAUAUCUAAAGUGUUGGUUGAUAACGAGCAGAGAUUUCACAAUGGUCUUGCUGCUUUUAAGAAUGCAAGUGAAGAAUCCUAUCUUGAAUUAAAGAAGAAAAGUCCAAGUAAAGGACUGGAGUUGGUGCUAAAAUUGAGUGAAUUGCUGAAUCUUGAUGCAAUCCAAGCGCAGGAGUUAUUCCAGAGUUUUGUAAGGACAGAAUUCCGAGGAACCUCAAAGCAGUUGCAGACAGUUGGAGCAAAGCAGUUUUCCAGAAGAGCUCGUCUUGCAAGUGGUAUCAUUCUACUUCAGGGAGAGAAUUUUUCUCCUUAGAUGCAUCAAGUAUAUUUUAACGUAUUCACAACAUCCCGAAUGUCUUUUCCAG